AUGGAUUAUGAUAACUCUAGAAGACACAAUCAAAGUACUUCCAAAAAGAGGACUCGUUUCAAUUCUGAUGAUGGAAAGAGGAAACGGCUAAACUACAGGCAGGAUGGCGGACAUAUGUCCUCUCAGCCAAUAGAAACCGUUUACAGGAUAUUGUGCCCAGGAAAAAAGAUCGGCGGUGUCUUGGGGAGAGGUGGUCAUGUUGUUAAGGCCCUUAGAGACGAGACUAAAGCAAAGAUACGGGUUGCUGAUUCUAUUCCUGGUGCAGAUGAGAGAGUAAUUAUCAUAUUUGAUUACCAAAAUAACUCCGAACAAGCUAGUCAAAAUAUUUCUAAUAUUGAUGGCCCAGAGAACAUGAAGCCCCAUUGUUUUGCUCAAGAUGCGUUGUUGAAGAUACAUGAUAAGAUUGCUGCUGAUGAAGAUUCCAACGAUGGAGUUACCUGUGAGAAUUCUGAAACUGCUGGUGAUGUGACUUCCCGAAUUUUGGUUCCAGGCAAUCAAGUUGGCUGCCUGCUAGGAAAAGGUGGCUCUAUUAUACAACAAUUGCGAAAUGAUACCAGUGCAGGGAUCCGGGUCUUACCAUCCGAAAACCUUCCUCAGUGUGCACUUAAGAGUGAUGAAUUGGUGCAGAUAUCUGGUGCACCUUCUCUUGUAAGAAAAGCUCUCUACGAGAUAUCUACUCGUCUCCAUCGGCAUCCUCGUAAAGAAAAUCCAUCUCUUGAAGAAAUUAUAGAUGCAAGCACACAAAGGAAGCGCGAGUCUCCACCACCGCUACCACAUGAAAAUCACAUGUUACCACACCUGCAUGUGGAUCAUCCACCACCAAUGCCCUUGCUUGAUCCAUAUAGAAACGGACCAUUGCAAUAUCCUGUUCCUGAACCAGAAGAGUUUUCUAUUAAAAUUCUGUGCGCUUCUGAGCUUAUUGGACCUGUUAUUGGCAGAAGUGGGGCAAAUGUUCGGCAGUUAGAGCAGCAGACUGGUGCUCGCAUUAUGGUUCAGGAAUUGCACAAAGAUGCUUCUGGAGAAAGGUUGAUUGUUAUUUCAUCCAAGGAGAUUCCGGCUGAUCCAGUAUCCCCAACAAUUGAGGCACUUAUUUUGCUCCAUAGUAAAGUAAGUGAGAGCAAAGUAAGUGAACCUUCAGUAAGUGCACCUUCAGAAAGUGCACCUUCUGAGGAGCACAAAUUGGUUACAAGACUUGUUGUACCAUCAAAAAAAGUUGGUUGUAUUAUUGGGGAAGGUGGGAAGGUAAUUACUGAAAUGAGAAGGCGUAUUGGGGCUGAAAUCCGAGUUUAUUCAAAAGCAGACAAACCAAAGUACUUAUCUUUUCACGAUGAGCUUGUGCAGGUUUGUUUCUUGACUUGUUAUUAUGCUGUUACAUGUGUUCCGAGCUUUCAGGUUUCUGGGUCUCCAGAUAUUGCAAGAGAAGCCCUCACAGAGAUUGCUUCGAGGCUUAGAAAUAGAAUCCUCAGAGAUGGAAUUUCCUCUUUUGAUGGUCCUCCUGCUGAUAUAUUUCCUAGCAGGGAUUUCACACUGUAUGGAAGACCUGCCAAUCCACCAUAUGGAAGGCUUGCCAAUGAUACCCCUUAUGGAAGGCCUGCUAAUGAUACCCCUUAUGGAAGGCCUGCUAAUGAUUCCCCAUAUCAAAGGCGGCUUGCCAUUGAUCAACCAUACGGGCUUGCCAGUGAUUCACUGUAUGGAAGACCUGCCAAUGAUCCACUAUAUGGAAGACCAGCCAAUGAUCCACCAUAUGGAAGACCAGCCAAUGAUCCACCAUAUGGAAGACCAGCCAACGAUGCAUCAUAUGGGAGACCUGCCAACGAUGCACCAUAUGGGAGACCUGCCAACGAUACACCAUAUGGGAGACCAAACAAUAAACCCCAUGAUUCAGUAGAUUAUUUCUCUAAAAGAAGAGAGUAUCCUAGUGGAAGUCCAUUUGCUAGCGACGCUCCACCAUCUGCUUCUUAUGAUAGAUAUGCAGCAUCUGCUCGCUUGCCUACUAGAGAAAUGCCCUUGCCUGUUAGUCCUGGUGCUGAUUAUAUGUCGCAUCGUUCUUAUCAUGACCAUAUGCCUACUGAUAGCUAUUCUAGUAGAGGCAUGCAGCAAUUAGGCCUCUCAAGAGCUGGGAAUAGUAAUAUGCAACAAUUAGGCGUCACCAGAGCCGGAAAUUCCAAUGCUUAUGAUUACACUGAGGCUGCCGGGCAGAUGCAUGGACGUGAGGAUUAUCAAAGAGUGGCAGAUGUUACAGGGUAUUCAAGUAGCUCUGUUGAACUGAGGAUUCCAAAUAGUUCUCUGGAAUCUAUUGUUGGAGCUGGUGGUGUCAAUCUAGCAGAGAUCCGCCAGAUCUCUGGUGCAAGAAUGAAGUUGCUUGAAGCCCGUCCUGGUUCUUCGGAAUCCAUCAUGGAGAUCCAAGGUAUGCCGGACCAAGUGAGAGUGGCGCAGAGCCUUCUGCAAGGCUUCAUUGGUGCCAACAGCCAGAGCGUGCAGCCAUCCCAGUCUUCUCGCGACGUCCAUUACCCAAGGUGGAACUAA